AUGGCAAUGAGAAAAGAAUACGAAAAGGCACGUUUAGAAAACUGGACUGCAGCAGAAGUAAUUGUGACUGAUAUUCGAAGAAUAUUUGCGCCGUUAGAAGCAAAAUUGGCACCAGCUCGCUAUGUACAGUAUGGGACACUUGGAACGGCAGCUGCGAUCUCUGGUAGUCGGUAUCUUGGGCGUGGUAAAGCAAAUUGGUUUAAGGAUACGGAGAAAUAUCUUGCUGAUUAUGUUUGUAGCAAAAAAUCAGAUGAUGAAUUAAGAAUGUUUCUUUGCGAAGAGCGUCUCGAAGAAGAUUUCGAUAUAUUCAAAUCACUUGUAGUUCAGUGGUUAGAUAUUAUAGAAUUGAGAGAAUCGAACCAGCAACACAAUGGCAAUAGUUUCGUUGAUAACAUUCUCUCGACUUUUUUAGGUUACGUCAGAGGAUUUAGAAUCCAACGAUCAGAUAUUGCUACCACAAAAAACUUGCCAUCAAGUCGAGGAUUACGAAUUCCUAAAGAGACUGUAUUGAUCGAACUAGAACGUCUACGUAAGUUUUUAUAUGCAGUUAUUUUGAAUAAGCCAGCACAAUUACGAGAACACGGUGAGGUGAUGGAAAAAUUGGUUCAGCGAGCGACGUGUGUGCGCAAUACGAAUGACAAUGGAGCGUGGAUACCAUGUAUUGCAUUCGGUCAACUGUCUAUUCCUGGUGGAAAUAAACAUAUUGUUACUUUUGUUUUUUUGCUUGACUCCUCGAUUGAUACAGAAGACGAAGCUAAUCAAAUUCUAUCAAAGCUGGCAAAUUUCUUCGAUAAUAUUCGAUCAAAGAAAAUUGUACCCGUCGAAGAAUCAGGUUCUAGCCUAUAUCAAUUACAUCUGGAUAUCGCUAUCAGUGACAACAUACCACAGUUAAUUGCACGUAUCAUAAAGAACUUAGCUGACUUAAGUAUACGAGGUGUCUUAGUUGGUAGUUUCGGUCUUGGCGGAUUUCGACACGCAAUGAAUCCAACAUUUAAUCGAAUUUAUAGCGUGGAAGAGAAAGAUGUAGCAGAGGGUUUUCGACCAACUUGGUUUUUCCCUGCUUUAAUGCGGGGUGAAGAACCAUAUUAUUGCCCAGUUGGUUGGCGUCGAUUUUCUAUUGAUGUUGGGAAAGAUAGAAACCAAUUUGAGAACGAUUAUAGACAUUGGCCUUGUGCUUAUCAUGGAUCCGAAGGACAUCGAGCUAUGUCUAUUUUACUAAAAGGUUUACAGGCGUGUAAUGUUAAUGAUGGAUGCUAUCUGAAACCCAACCAAGGUGCUGUCUAUUUAAGUCCAAGUAUAGAAUAUUGUGGUCAUCCACGUUAUGCACGUGUAUGGAAAGUGAAAUCAAAAUAUGUGCAGAUGGUUUUACAAGUACGAAUCGAUCCUGAACUCUUGUUUGAUAAACGUCCAGGAACAUUGCCCGGUGCUAAUGAACAUAUAAGAGAGAGAAUAGAUCCAAACUUCUCCAAUAAUGAAUUGGAAUGGGUAAUACACUGGCCACCGAAGACAAUGAUUUCAAAGCUGAAUGGAAUAUUGGUUUAUGGUGUCAUGUUACGUGUGACUGAUCAGCAUCCAGGCUCUUUAGAUCAGAAUAAAUGGUGGUCUGAAUCACGCAAAAAAAACUAUUGGGAUUAUUUUUAA